UGAAAGUUGUUAUCAUCCUAUCUUUAAAAUGCUACUUAUUUAAUCUCCUUUUCGAUAUCGUGAUACAAUUUGGUACCUACAAAAUGAUAUCACUUGAAGGGUAACACCGAUUGGUAUCGGACCUGCCUCGUCCAACGCUCCAGUUAAAUCAUUCGAAAAGACAACAAAAUGUGUUCACACUGGCUGUUAUGUGUCGUGAUUACUAGUCUGGCCAUUAUUGGGACAAAAGGUGAAGUACCACGAGUCGCGAUCGCAAUCCUGCGUUCAGCAAACGUAACUGGGCAUGUAUUAUUUACUGAGACUGACAAUGGCCUUCAUAUAACUGGAAUGAUAACUGGACUUGAUGUGGGAUCAUACGGCUUUCAUGUACAUGAAUCUGGAGACGUUAGUACGUGUGACACGACUGGAGGUCAUUUCGACACGGAAGGGAACAAUCAUGGUGGUAUAGACCACGAUGUACGACAUAUAGGAGAUUUUGGAAAUAUAGUGUUUGAAGGUGAUGGCACCCCUACGGCGAGAUUAGACUUUUUCGACAAAAUUGCCUCCCUUCGUGGUGCAAACAGCAUCUUAGGUAGAGCUCUGGUUCUUCACGAGGGCGAGGACGAUUUGGGAUUGACGGAUCACCCGCAGUCCCUUGUAACAGGUAAUGCUGGUCCUAGAGUGGCUUGCGGCGUCAUAGGAAUUAAAUAUCCCAUAACUCCUUGGAAUUCGGCUGCAUCACCAGAUUCUUCUAUUAUAGUUUUGGUGGCUUCUUUAAUUGUGUUUUUAUAAACAAGUGUUUUAACAUAUUGGAAUUUUACUUUUUGCCUUAGUCACUUAUUUAUUUUGUCUGCUACUUGAUUACAGAUAAAUAGAAAAUG